ACUCCACCACUCCUGGCAUAGAUCUCCACCUCCCGGUGAGUGACCAUGGCGGAGGCCGCAGGAGCGACUCCUCUCCUCGCUGGCCUCCCGGACGAGAUCACCGUCUCGGAGAUCCUCGCUCGCCUGCCCCCCAAACCCCUCCUCCGCUGCCGCGCCGUCAGCCCCGCGUGGCGCCGCGCCACCUCCACCCGCGAUUUCCUCCUGUCCCACCACGCCCGCCAGCCCGCCCUGCCCCUCCUCUGCAGCCACAGCGACGUCGCCGACGGCGGCCAGUCCCUGGACGUCACGCUCUUCGACCACCGUGCAGGAGUCGCCGCCGCCGACCAGUUCCAGCGCGUCGCGCGACUGAAAACACCCCCCUUGGAAGGGGGGAUUGACGGGAGUGAAAGUUUCACUCCCCUCUUCUAUCCGGUGGCCUCCUGCGACGGCCUCCUCCUCCUCUCCAUCGAGUGUGACCUCUGCAUCUGCAACCCGGCGACUCGGCAGUAUGCUCCCCUCGAGCAGCUCGAUGGCUUCAUGACCGUGGGGUUGUACCCUCACCCUCUUACCGGCGAGUACCGGCUGUUGCUGUACCAUGAAACAGAUCAACGUGCCAUCUAUGUUUUCUCAAUUGGCUCCAACCAGCCGCCGAGGCGCAUCGGGCGCCCUGAUCCGUUGGCUGGUGACGGGCUUCUGUUCCGUGGUAGCCUGCAUUGGCACACUGGCAACCGGAUAAUGGUGUUCGACACCGCCACUGAGUCGUUCCGGCAGAUCCGUGCCCCGGUUGCCCAUGAGGACUAUGGACGACUGUUUGAGAUGGAUGACAUGCUUGGCAUCUUCUUUCUUAAUGAUGAAAAGACGACUGUUGAUAUUUGGGUGAUGCAGGACUACCAAGGCGAGGUCUGGGCUUUCAAGUGUCGGGUUGAAUUGCCGGUUGCCGAGAUCAGGGACCGGUGUCAAAAUUCUAGCCAUAUUGAGGAAGUGAUGGUUGUUAAUGGUGAUGGUGAGUUGCUCGUGUUGGUCGGUUUUGAGGACUGGCUGUUUCAGGUUGAUAUUGAUGGCAAGUUGAUUGCCAGUUUCCAUGCCAGAGGCCUCCCUUCCUAUAAUAUUGUGCACAAGCAAACUCUUGUUCAACAUACCUUCUUUCCGACACUCGAGGGUUAUGUUAUGAAUGAUUCGCCUUUCAUUUGACCAGAUGAUUAUGUUGUCAACGCUUAGGGAUAUUGAGUGUUGUGGUGUUUCUUAUUGGCCUAGCUCUGCAUGUCCACAUGAGCUGUUGUAUGUAUCAACUAGAUCCAUUAUUAAGCUUCUUUGUUCUUGGUUGAUGAAUAUAAAAAAGUAUGAUCAAGAAGCUGUGACUAUUAGAUGUAUUUUCAUUGGAUUCCUUUUGGGUUGAAGUGGCUGAUGUGAGUGUGGAUUCUAAAAUUACAAGUCAUUUGGGUCAGCCUCUGGAAAUUUUGCCUAUUGAUCUGACUCAUGUCUAUGUUUUCUUGGAACUCAAUAAUGGUUCCAUUGCAUCCGGUUAGGUAUUGAACCAUACUUUUAUAAUCCCGCUUUUGCGUUGCAUCGUUUGGUGUUGUAUCAAUCACUUCAAUUUAGCUGCUAACCACUUUAUGUGAUCAAUGGUUCAUCUGGUGUUUGAUCUUAAGAUAAGCUCGUGAAAUGAAACUUGUACUGAUAAGCAGAAGAAAGGCUGUCAUUGUCCGGCUCAGCUCACAGAUUGUGCUCCCCUUUUGAUUCUGUAAGUGCCAGCCAUGCACUUUCUUUCUUUGACCAGCACAAUGUGUAUGAAUUAGGCCCCCUAUGAGCCGGCUUGUUUCUUUUUUAUGUAGAUAAGUUAUGUUCAAGAAGCUCUGGCUGUUUCAUUGUUGGGUGAAAUUCACUUACUUUUGGGUUGAAGUGGCUAGCAUGUUGAUGUUAAAAUUAUUUUGUUGUUUUGGUCGGCGUUUGAAAUAGUUGCCUGUUGAUCUGCCUCAUGUCUCUGCUUGUUUUUCUCUGAAAUGAAGAAUUGCCUUGGUUUUUGUUGAGUAUUCUUCUUUUUCUUAAAGAUCAUCCAGUGGUUUAUCUGGAACCUACUGUGUUAUAUAAAUUCGCAGUAUGAAAUUCUGGUAAUUCAAAAAUCAAUUCUUGGUGUCAUGACUUACCAGUGGGUAAGACUAGAUAUCUGUCAUCUUGUAUUCCAGUUUUAUUAUUUUAGGUACUUUGAACUCAGAUAUGAAUUUAUUUCUUUUUCAGGACAUGAGAGAGGAUCCCUACAACUUGUGAAUUUAAGAAGCAUAAAAGGAAACAAUUAAAGAGAACACAAGGAAAACUGCUGUGAGUAACGUGCACAAGCCCAGUGAACACAAUCCACGCAAAAAAGAUGAUACUAAUGAUUAUCCAAGGUUACCGGGAAAUCUGCUGAUCUGACUGGCUCAUCUGUUUGGCAUCUGCUGUUCCCUGGCUCAAUGGUGCAAGACUGUAGUGUAAAGUGAUGGCCUGAUGCUAAUAUCUCAUGUGUUCUCUACAAUAUUGUAGCCUUUGCCUGUAGGAUGUAUCUAAUGCUUUAACCAUCUAAUUUCUAACCCAUCGCACAUCUUCAAUCUGCAUAAUGCAUGCGGUCUGUUAUGGAAUUUGUGUGCAUAUUCAUGCGCCUUUUACAUGCACUGUGUUCUCAACUUCUCAUUUGUUGUUUCUUAUGUUAAUUGCAGAACAGAUUGUACUUCUCUCAAACAAGGUUACACUGCUCAAAUGUCGAAGUUCUAACAUGUAUUGCAUCGCUUUGUUCUGAAAUGUAACAUCUUGCUUCUAUUGCAGCCUCAGCACACGCUUUACAUUCAACAAUCACUAAGUAUACUCGAGUUUAGUGGACUACCAAUGUUGUUGAACAUGAAAAGGAAGGGAUAGAGGCAAGUUACAACAUGCAUCUCAAUGGCUUUUGCUAUUUGCACUCUGCUAAUUCAUAGAUAUUAGAUCAUCUGGGUUUUUUAAGAAACAAUCCUGCUUUCUAAAAUAAGUCUGGUUAAUUUUUUUUACGAUCGACGUGUUUAUUACUUCAUUUUUAUUAAGUGGGAUGGUUUACCAUUUGCUUACAAGGUAAUAACUGUUGGUACACCGCCUGACAUCAAGAUGUAAAUGGAGAUAAAACUGAUAUUCUUCGAAUCAAAUGGAAUGUUUGAUAGAUGAAUCUGCUAUUGUACUGUAUCCAUGUAUACAUUAUGAGUUUCUU